UGGAUUCGGGAGCUGCGCCUGGCAGACAAGAUGGCAGCGCCUGGGAUACGCAGGCCAGUCUGCACGCAGUCAGUUCUGUUCGCGCACAACGACGAGGACUUGUAGCACCCGUUCUCCCGUGCGAGCUUGUCGAGCAUGGGUUCUCAAACUCUGCAGAUCCUGAGGCAGGGCGUGUGGGCGUCUGUCACGGGAGGCUGGUACUAUGACCCACACCAAAACAAAUUCGUCAACGCCUUACACCUGUACCUGUGGCUGUUCUUGCUUUGUUUCCCGUUCACGCUCUUCAUGGCACUACCUCCAUCAAUGGUCAUUGUUGGAAUUUACUGUGGAUCAGUUGGGGCACUUUUUGUUGUCCUCAAAGUGGUCAAUUAUCGAUUACAUCGAGCACUGGAUGAAGGAGAAGUUGUUGUGUGCAGUGCCAGUGAGAUAACAAACUGUGGGAACAAGCCAGAGGCUAGCAACAACAGCAACAUGACUCGUCAGGAGGACAGCAAUGGCCCAGGUGAUCCUGGUGGGGGGAUCGAAAUGACUGAUUUUAUUCGUGAAGUUACUCCUCCAGUUGAUUGUAGCUCAAGGAACUCCUUUGUAGGAAUGGACUCCAGUAAUCAGAUUGCAUCCUCACAGUGUGGUGCUACUAUUAGUGCCAAAGAAGGAACAGAAAUGGGGAAAACCUUGGAUGAUAUUAGUUUGAGCCUGGCUCAGAGCUGCAGCUUGUGUAAGGAUGGCAGUCAGGACCAAGAUAUAAUAUCUGACCCAAGGAUGUAUGGCCUUGUCUCCAAUGAUUCUUUUGCCUCACUGCAACCAUCAACAUCUCUGGGACCUGCAGAGCUGUUUCGCGGUACUGUAGAACAGCAUGAUGAUCCCAGUACACACCAUGUAGAUCAGUCUUUAAAUGCUUGUGACACAGAAGCUGCUUCUAUAGUCCCAUUGCAUUCACAGUCAUAUCGUAAAGAAUCACGCCCACGGGGAGUUCCGCGCACUUCUAGCUCCGCAGGUUCAGCUUUUCCUGACCCCACUCUGCCUGACUUUGGUCACUAUUCUCAGCCCCGAAGAGGUGGGCUAGAUCCUGUUUGUGAGCUGGAGGCCUCAAAGCCAUCUCUUCUGCCGGAGUACAGUUCAGAGGUUUACCAUCUGGACUCCUGUCAGGUUGCUACUUCUGUUUCUAAAGGAAUGCAAUCUGGGGACUGCUGUAGACAUCAUCAGCCAGAAUCAUCUAAAAAGUUAACAAAAUCUUCUUCUCGAGAAGCGUGCGAGUGCCGCUCUGACGGUUUCCAUUUAGAACUUAAUGGGCAGCGGAAUGGCCAAAGCAAGGCUCUGAAAGGAGACUGCAGCGUUGACAGCCUUCGUAGCCUCAGUACACGCAGCAGUGGCUCAACCGAGAGCUACUGCAGUGGCACAGAUCGUGAUACGAACAGCACAGUCAGCAGCUUCCGCAGUGAACAGACUAGUUCAACACAUGUGGAGAGCUUACUGUCUCUUUCGGGAGAUGACAAGAGCAGAGAGUUAAUGGACUGCAAAAAUUUGGAUAUCAUUGAAAGCAGGAUUCAGGGUGAUGGGGGCCACAGUCCAACCUGUAGAAACAGCUCCCAGGGUUUAAGUUCGCAUCCCUCCGGAGAAGCUAAUAAGAAUCCUCAUGCCAACGAGCUGAGUUCUAAGCAGCUGUCUUCUGAAAAUCAGGAGGAAGGUUGCAAUGAAGACUCUCACUCCAGGAAAUCUAAAGAAAAUAGGGGAAAGGUUGCUGGGUGUGAAAGGGAAAAAGAGGAUGUUCGACCAAAGUCUGCUAACUUGAUUCACCGGGCAGCUUCCUCUGGGAACAAAGGCAGUGGACGCAGACGAACUGGCAAAAAACGUGCAAGCAGUUUUGAUGCCAGUAGGCAUCGAGAUUACAUGUCUCUGAGGGGUAUUGCUAAGCCUCGCAGUGCUGUUUUUGCACCUGAAGAGGAAUCAAGUGACCAGAGUGACCUGAGCCGUACUUCCAGUUUACACUCGGCUCAUCGUUUUAGUACAGACAGUUCCUCCAGUACCACCUCACACUCAUGCCAGUCCCCUGAGGGCAGGUAUCGUGCUUUGAAGGCUAAGUAUGGGGCAAGUGGACGGCCACAGGGUAGAGUUAGAGAUGCAUCUGGGGGAGGUGCCUCUUCAUCAUCUUCUAAACAAUUGGAAGGAAAUGGCGCCCGCAGGCGAUCAUCCCGCCGCACCCCAAGCACUGGCAACAUCAAAACUCAUGCUCGGGUGCUUAGCCUGGAUAGUGGCACUGCUGCUUGCCUUAAUGACCCUAGCAAACUUGGGGCACCAGUUAGUACCAGGCCAUUAACGACCUCCAAAUCAGAUUUGGAGGCCAAAGAGGGUGAGGUUCUAGAUGAGCUGUCUCUGCUGGGACGGGCCUCACAGCUUGAGUCUGUCACCCGAUCUCGAAAUAGUCUCCCUAGUCAGGCGGCCUUUGCUGAGAAUGAAGAUUCUGGAGUGCCAGGCAGAGCCCCAUCGAGUGAGGAGACUGUUACAUUUCGUCGUGAGCGCAGUACGUUUAGGCGGCAAGCCGUUCGCCGGCGGCACAACGCAGGGACUAACCCUACCCCUCCAGCGUCCAUCAUUGGAUCUCCGCUCAGUCUUCAGGAUGCUCCACAGGGUCCCCCGCCCUCCACCUCUCAGCUCAAACUUCAGUCCCGCCCCCCUUCUCAGGCACCCAUGCUCAGUGCAAGUGCAUCCCUGCUGGCCAGGAAUGGAAGUGUCCAAAUGGAAGGUUCUCAGGACAACGCAUCGGCAGUGGGCGGCGUCAGUUUGCAGGACGCAGAGUUUGGAAAGUUCACGUCUCCACUCUACGAAACAGGUGGCUGUGAUAUAUCUUUAGUAAACUUUGAACCUGCCACAAGAUGCACUUCAAACAACAUUUGGGACACCGACUCCCAUUUAUCCAGUUCUACCUCAGUUCGAUUUUAUCCACAUGACCUGCUGUCUCUCCCACAGAUACGUUUAAACCGAUUACUGACUUUCGACCCAGACUUGCUUGAACGACAGGACACAGACCUCAGCCCUGACCUCCAAGAUCACAUGCAGCACCCAGAAGAGGCUGUCCAUAAAGCCAAGCACUACUACCGCUUGCGGCUUCUACCGUACAUGUGGAUUGGAAUAAGCUUUGAUCGCCUGACCUUGCUUGCCUUGUUUGACAGGAACCGAGAGGUGUUGGAGAAUGUGCUGGCUGUUGUCCUUGCAGUGUUGGUUGCCUUUCUGGGCUCAGUAUUGCUCAUUGCAGGAUUCUUCAGAGAUAUCUGGAUUUUUCAGUUUUGCCUGGUCAUUGCCAGCUGCCAAUAUUCACUACUUAAGAGUGUGCAGCCUGAUUCCUCAUCCCCCCGACAUGGUCACAAUCGCAUCAUUGCCUACAGUCGGCCAGUGUAUUUCUGUGUAUGCUGUGGACUGAUUUGGCUCUUGGAUUAUGGCAGUACUGUUACUUCCAGCACUCGCUUCACUCUGUAUGGGGUGCCUUUCACAAGUUCACUGCUCUUGGCAUCUGCAAGGGAUCUUAUUAUAGUUUUUACACUUUGCUUUCCAGUAGUCUUCUUUAUUGGACUACUUCCACAAGUGAACACAUUUGUGAUGUAUAUCUUUGAACAGCUUGACAUUCAUGUCUUUGGAGGAAAUGCCUCAACAAGUCUUUUGUCCGCAUUGUACAGCUUUGUUCGUAGUAUUGUUGCAGUGGCAUUGCUAUAUGGACUCUGCUAUGGUGCUUUGGAGGAACCAUGGGAUGCUCAGCACAUUCCAGCUCUAUUUUCUGUGUUCUGUGGCUUACUUGUGGCCUUCUCCUAUCAUCUAAGCAGGCAGAGCAGUGAUCCAUCUGUUCUAAUCUCAUUAUUGCAAUCCAAGAUUUUCCCAAAUCUUAAAGAUAAGAACCCAGAGGAUCCACUAUCAGAAGUGAAAGAUCCUUUACCUGAGAAGCUUAGGAACUCUGUAAGUGAAAGACUGCAGUCGGAUCUGAUCAUUUGUGUCCUGAUUGCUGUUUUAUAUUUCGCUAUUCAUGUCAGCACAGUUUUUAUAGCAUUGCAGCCAUUUUUAAGUUAUGUCUUGUAUGCCUUGGUGGGUGCUAUGGGGGUGUUAAAUCAUUACAUGCUGCCACAGUUACGCAAGCAGCUACCAUGGUACUGCUUCUCUCACCCUUUGCUCAAAACCAAGGAAUACUACCAGUUUGAAGUCAGAGGUGCUCCUCAUGUGAUGUGGUUUGAGAAACUCCACAUCUGGCUGCUUUUUUUUGAGAAGAAUGUUCUGUACCCUUUGAUUGUAUUAAAUGAACUCAGCGGCAGUGCCAAAGCCAUUGCAAGCCCUAAAAAACUUGGCACAGAGGUCGGAGCCUUAAUGAUCACUAUUGCAGGCCUCAAGCUUCUGCGGUCAUCGUUUAGCAGCCCCACCUAUCAGUAUGUCACUGUCCUCUUUACUGUGCUGUUUUUCACCUUUGACUAUCAUUCGCUGUCACAGACCCUGCUGCUUGAUCUUUUCCUCAUGUCCAUCAUUUUCAACAAGAUGUGGGAGCUUUUCUACAAACUGCAGUUUGUCUACACCUAUAUUGCUCCAUGGCAGAUCACAUGGGGGUCAGCUUUCCAUGCUUUUGCUCAGCCUUUUGCAGUUCCUCAUUCUGCUAUGCUAUUUGUUCAGGUCAUUGUGUCAGCUUUGUUCUCUACUCCUUUGAACCCUCUUUUGGGAAGUGCAAUUUUCAUCACGUCCUAUGUGCGUCCUGUGAAGUUUUGGGAGCGAGAUUACAACACUAAGAGAGUUGAUCAUUCCAACACCAGAUUGGCAUCUCAGCUUGACCGCAACCCAGGUUCUGAUGACAACAACCUUAAUUCUAUUUUCUAUGAACAUUUGACUCGUUCCCUUCAGCACACCUUGUGCGGUGACCUGCUUCUUGGGCGUUGGAGCAACUAUACCACCGGAGACUGCUUCAUUUUAGCAUCAGACUACCUCAAUGCACUGGUGCAUAUCAUUGAAAUUGGAAAUGGGCUGGUGACAUUUCAGCUGCGUGGACUUGAAUUCAGGGGCACAUACUGUCAGCAGCGAGAAGUGGAAGCCAUCACUGAGGGAGUUGAAGAAGAUGAAGGAUUCUGCUGCUGUGAGCCAGGGCACAUUCCUCAUAUGCUUUCUUUCAAUUCUGCUUUUGGGCAACGCUGGCUAGCUUGGGAGGUUCUAGUCACGAAGUAUGUUCUGGAAGGUUACAGUAUCACAGACAAUAGUGCAGCGUCUAUGCUUCAAGUGUUUGAUCUCCGCCGUAUUCUAACCACCUAUUAUGUAAAGGGCAUAAUCUAUUAUGUGACAACUUCUUCAAGACUGGAAGAUUGGCUGGCCAAUGAAGCAAUGGAAGAGGGCCUGCGUUGCUACAGUGACAGCAACUAUGUGGAUGUGGACCCCACAUUUAACCCCAGUAUUGAUGAAGAUUAUGACCAUCGGUUGGCUGGUGUCUCUCGUGAGAGCUUCUGUGGAGUCUAUAUUAGUUGGAUCCAAUAUUGUGCCUCACGAAGAGAAAAGCCUCUGAAUGCAGAUAGCAACUCUCCGCUUGUGACAUUGUGCUAUGGCUUGUGCGUACUGGGCAGAAGAGCAUUGGGAACUGCUUCUCAUCAUAUGUCCAGCAAUCUGGAGUCAUUCCUGUAUGGGCUUCAUGCUUUAUUCAAGGGAGAUUUCCGAAUUUCUUCAGUGCGAGAUGAGUGGAUAUUCACUGAUAUGGAACUUCUCCGGAAGGUGGUGGUUCCAGGAAUUCGAAUGUCACUCAAACUUCACCAGGACCACUUUACUUCUCCUGAUGAGUAUGAAGAAUCCUCUGUCUUGUAUGACGCCAUUACAGCUCACGAGCAGACCUUAGUCAUUGCACAUGAAGGGGACCCAGCUUGGCGUAGUGCAGUGCUCUCCAACUCCCCUUCACUUCUGGCCUUGCGGCAUGUCAUUGAUGAAGGCACCAAUGAAUACAAAAUCAUUAUGCUCAACCGUCGCUACCUCAGUUUUCGUGUGAUUAAGGUUAACAAGGAAUGUGUACGUGGGUUAUGGGCUGGACAGCAGCAGGAACUUGUCUUUCUCAGAAAUCGAAACCCCGAACGUGGAAGCAUCCAGAAUGCCAAGCAAGCACUGCGGAACAUGAUCAACUCAUCUUGUGACCAACCUAUUGGCUACCCCAUCUAUGUGUCACCAUUAACGACCUCCUAUUGUAACACACACAGCCAGAUUCGGGAUAUCUUAGGAGGGCCCAUCAGCAUUGGAAAUAUCAGAAAGUUCAUUGUUAAGACAUGGCACAGGUUACGAAAAGGCUGUGGAGCUGGGUGCAAUAGUGGAGGGAACAUUGAGGAGUCAGAUGCUGGAGCUGGAAUCUCCAAUGGUAGCAGUAAUGGAGUAGCACUGGAGUCGCUGCAGAGUGGCAGUUCACUGGGAGGAAUGGCUGGUCUUCCGCCUCCUCUGUCUUUCCAGCCCAAUUCUUUGGGUACAAGCCAAAGCUCUCAUUCAGUGCAGUCUGGUUUGAUUCGCCAUUCACCUGCACGAGCGUCGGUGGCGAGCCAGUCUUCAUAUCGUUAUAGCAGCAGCCGUCAUUCAUCCCUCCGCACCUCAGCAACAGGACUGGAACCGUAUCGGCGUUCUUCUACCAGUCAGCUUUCUCUUCGGACACUUCCUACAUCCAUCCAGUUGCGUCUUUCUGCUGCUGCCAACAACCCAAUAGACUCUACGGGGCCCUCAGUUAGCCUUUCGAGUCACAGUAUCCCUCCUUGCAAAAGGCAUACACUGGUGGGACUACUGGGAACUGAAGCGGUCAGCAGCACAGAACCAGUUCUUAUAGGUCAUUCUGGAAUUGUACUUGGAACUCGCAGAGAAGAGUCAUCCAGCCGUGUACAGAUUGUGGAUGUCAGUCAGGUUCUGGAAGCCAUUAACCUUUCCAAACGCAAAGAGCUCCAGUGGCCUGACGAGGCUGUGCGGCUGAAAGCCGGGAGGAGCAGCUGGAAGGACUGGUGCCCACAGGAGGGCAUGGAAGGCCAGGUGAUUCACCGCUGGGUGCCUUGCAGUAGAGACCCGGGCAGCAGGUCCCACAUUGACAAAGCUAUCCUCCUCAUGCAGAUUGACGACAAGUUAGUGCCCAUCAUAGAGACGGGAGUCAUUGAACUUGGAGCCGAAGUGUGACAGCAAAGUGAGGGGGCUGUUUGUAAAGCCGAAGAGGGGGCCGGUGGUGUGGAGGACGUGCGCUCGUCCCGUCUAAAAAAUGCAAGGCGCCAUCACGAGGACAUACGCGCCACGAGUUCUAUGCACUUCGCCACAGCUGGAUAAACAAAAAACCCACCCCAACAAGCGCCAUUCUUAUUUCAAGAGAACACAAACUGCCUACCAAGAGAUUUUCAUGUCGUAGCAUGCAUGUGAAAUAUUCAGCUUAUGCAACAGAGAGGCGGGAAGGGAUGGGACGGGACGUGGAGUUUCCAUGGGCCUGCCUGAUCCUGGUGCAUUCUGAAGGAGCUGCACACUCGGCCUUUGGCUUUCCUUCAGGGUUUGGAGUUUGCAGCGGUGCACUACAGGUCUGAGGUCGCUCAGAUGUUCGUUUUUAUUUUUUAGUCCAUUUUGAUUGCCAUAAUUUUCAGAUGCCUUGAGAAUGGAAAAGUGCAGUCAGGAUUGUCCAAAUGCCAUCUUUUUGUGUUAUUUAUCUCUUUAUUUCUGGUUUCUGCUAUAUAUAAAUAUAUAAUUAUAUGAUAUAUAUUAUGUAAUUGUAAAAAUGAUAAAGAAACACUUUUGGAAUAUUUAUUACUGUGAAGAUGUUUAUUUACAUUUUGUUACAUAGUUUCCCUAUUUUUGGUGCAUUCAAGGGAAAACUUUGCGAUUUGAAUUGUGAACUGGACCACAUGGUGUGCUGCUGGGCCACCCCAGCAGCAGAGCGACAUGCGCUUUUAUAUGAAUUUCAAAAGGGAGACGACAAAUAAAUGUCACAUGACUUGUUA